AUGGGGGGUGCAAAGAAGAAAGGGGUGGUUGGGGCCACGUCUCCGUGGCCUGGCCACUCAUACAAUUAUAAAGACCACGACCAAUGCGCCCACGCAGCUGCCAUCCUCACAGAAACAGCAGAGCUGAAGCAAAUCACUGACUGGACCCAGGGGUUGCCUCCCAGGGACCUAUUCAUCCGGUUUAUGAGUUCAGUCGAAGACCUCGCAGCAAAGGUGCGCGACGGCCAAGGCAACAAUGGCAGCGAAGACCAUGACGGGCUGAAAGAGGAGGUGCUCCAACAAAGCCAGAGCAUGUUUAAUAAGCAGACAGAGGAGAUGAAAGCUCUACAGCACUCAACACAGACCCCUAAAGUAAUUGACAGCCCCCCAGCAUACACUCCCUCUGGCCAUUAG